GACAAAUAAAUACCCUGGCAGCCAUUGACAGGUAGGGGAAAAAAGCUCAUUUCUAGAAUCCGUUUCGCUGCAAUGUCAGAAGCUCACUAAAUUCUUGAACACCUGCUAUUAGUUGGUCGUUUGAAAAAAUCAUUGUAUAAAUGGCGACUACCACAAAAAGAAUAACCUGUAGAGAUCAGGACGCAGAAAGACUAAAAAUACAUACUACGGUCCCUUCAAAAUACAUUCCAAAUCCGAUAGGACUCAGUCGUAUCCUCCUCGAAGAGCUGGGAAAAGGGGGAUUUGAGGUGGAAAUGCGGCAUAAUAUAUAUAACAUCAAGUCUAAAACUGAACUGAAUCCUUGUACAAUCGAGAAGAUUCGAGAACUAUCAAGGUCGCUUACAACGUCAAUAUAACUUGCCCUCGUUUAUACUCAGAGCCCUUCUACAUCCGCCCUUUCCAAAGCGGGCUGCGCCUAGCUGGUGAUUUGCUACAGAGGGUUACAUCAUCAGAAAUAUUCGACAUCGCUGGAUAUAUAUGAUGGGAUACUAAGGAGAAUCAAUGAGGUGCUGAUUCGAGAGAACAAGAAAGUUGUACGAGUAGUGUUUACUUCCCUUUGUAAUAACUUGUAUGAGUAUGGAUUCUACCUAGACAUUAACUUAGGAGUUUGUAGGCGUUAAAAUGUGACUUUAUUUAUUCCUAUCGUUUGGGCUUAUGAUACUAUGCUCAUGAAUAGGUACCAAGCGAUGGGAAGGAUAUGGUGUCGGUGCUGGUAGCAGCGCCAU